AGGAAAAACGACAUGACAUAGAAACUGCAAAAUGUCCAGAUCACAAAAUCUUCUCAGAUAUGAAAGAGGAAUAUGAAAGAAAAUUAUCUGCUAAAGAGGAAGAAAUUUUAUGUUUGAAAACAAAGUCGCUCAAGUCUCUGCCGGAUAGAUUUAAUGCAGAGACCGAAUCCAGAAAUGUGGAUGAUGCAGAUCUUAGAAGAGAAAUUGAAAUAUUGAAAGAGAAACUGCAGGAGCUUGAGGCAGACUGCAAUGAGCUUACAAAUGAAAACCUUGACCUCAUAUUCAAGCUUAAAGAAGCACAGAAAGAAUUGCGAAAAGGAGGUACAUCUGAAGAUUUUUCUCCUAAGAAGCUCUUAGAUCAAUGUUUUAUUAGCUCUGAGCCAGAUGUCAAAAACAAAGUAUUUCCGAUGCUCCAUUUAGAAGAUGUCUCAGAGGAGAAAGUCAUUGGACAGGUUGAUAAUUCAACUGAAGAAUUGGAGAGUUUGAAAAUAGUUCUGGAAGCAAGAAUCACAGAAUUGAAUAAGAAAGCAAUAGAUAAAGCUUCUGAAAUAGAAAAUCUUGAGGCUAACUUGUCAUCUAAGGAAAAGGAAAUUGGAGUCCUGCAGAAGUGCCAGAGUGAAUUGGAAGCUAAGGUUUGUCAUCUUGAAGAUGACAAAUGUCAACUAGAGGAACACGUGGAGUUCAUGCUAAAAGAAAGAGAUCUCAUCUUUAAAUGCUUGUAUCAUUUACAAAGUGAUCUUGCAACUCUUAGUGGGGGCAUAGACUCCCAUAUUUCUACCAAAGAGAUUUUUGAAAAAGAGCCAGCAGAGCUAGAAAAUGGAAAACAUGAACUGGAGCUCAACACAUCAGAGAUAGAACAAGUAAAAGAACAACUGUCACUGUACGUGUCCGUUUUAGAAGCUCAAUUGAGAGAUUUGAAAAAUGAUCGAGAGUCCAUUCUGUCAGAACUAAGGAGCUCUAGAUCUCAUGCAGCAACGCUUCAAGGGAAGAUUAUGAAGAUAAAGUCAGAGAUGGAUUUUUCAAAAGAAGACAUGACACGAAGAUUAAAGGGGAUACAAUUUCAGUGGUCAGAAGCUCACCAAGAAUGUGAAUACCUCAGAAGAGAGAAUCAGCGGUUACAAGCAGAAAUCGAGAAUCUUUCCAAAGAAUGCAGUUCUCUGCGGAAAUCUAAUGGAGAUUUGGAAGGGCAAGAGCUGGAGUUCAAGGAGCAUUUUUCCAUCAUGGGAAUCAGAUUGAGGCAAUCAGACCAAAGAUUUGCAGAAUGUUUGGAAAGAGUUGAGCUCUUAGAAAAGAAAUUUACUGUGUUGUUGGAAGAUAGCACAUCAACCGAGAAGAGUAUUACUUCAGAAUUAGAUGUGCUUCUUGGGGAAAGUGGAAUUCAUAGGGAGAAGGAGCAAAGCUUGUUGAAUCAAUUGCAUAUGGAGACGACUGUAGAAAUUCGGAACCUUCAACAAGAAAUUGAGCAUCUGAGCAUGAAACUUUCAGCAAUGCAUGACGAAAAAGAGGGAAUAGUUUCCAACGCGUUGCUUGAAAUAUCUGCAUUACAUGCCGGGAAAGCCAAACUGGAAUCUGAUUUUGAGGAAGUUCAAUCUAAAGUACUUUCAUCUAAGAACGAGGCUAAUCUUAUGCAGAAAGAAUAUGCAAGAAGGCUGCAAGACCUAACAACUGAGCUUGGUGCUUCCAAAAUUAACCAGGAAAUGCUGAUGUCUGACCAUGAAGAGCUUUUGAAGCUUGUGGAGGAUUACAAGUCAAGAGAACUAAAAGUCAAAAGCACCAUGGAUACCCUUGAAUUGAAGCUUAAAGUCGCUGAAUGUGAGAGACAACAACUCUUGGAGGAGACUAAAAAUUUAAGGAACGAAUUGCAGCAGAUAGAUCAAUUUAAAAAUGAGAUUAUAGUGCUCGAGAAGGACCUCGAUUCAACCAGUUCUGAGAAAGAGAAACUAGAAGCAUCAUUGCAUGUGACAUCUGAACUUUGUGAAAAUCUGAAGGCAGAGGUGAAUUUGUUUGCAACAAAGACCUCAGCCAUGGAAAAGGAAUUAUCUGAAUUGGAAGACUGUAAAAGAAGUAGAGCAACCCUAGAAGAAAGGCUUGUGCAGAUGGAGAAUGAUUUAAAGACGAAAGAAACAUUAUUUGGCCAGAUUACUGAGCAAAAGAACGAGCUCAAUCAAAUUAAAAGGAUAAACAGGCAGUAUCAACAAACCAUACAAGGACUUGAGCAGGAAAAAGUCGAGUUUCAGGCAAAAUCCCGAGCCUUUGAAGAAGAACUGAAACUGAUUAAGGAACAGAAGCGAAAUCAAACGCCCAAGAUGAAUAGGAAAGCUGUACCUGGUCCUGAAGAUCCGAAGAUUUUAAAAAAUCCAAUGGUGAAGAACUCAAGCCAGCAUCGCAGUAAUAGGAAAAAGCCCUUAUCUAAGAAUGACAGAGAAACUGUGAAAAAUCAACAGGACAUUUACAGUAGCAGGCAUCAGAGUGAGGUGGAAAUUGAUAAUGGACUUCAUGAUGAAAGUGUUCAUGUGGUCGAAGUAGAUCCAGAGUCAAGGAUUCAGUUGCUUGAGGCUGAACUAGCAAAAGCUAAAGAAGCGAAUAACAUGUACGAAGUUCAAGUCAACAGGUUACUUUCAAAAGGCCAAAACAAUCAGGCGAAUGUCCCCAUAAAAUCAGUUGCUGGAGGAGAAGUAGUGACGAGAGAAAAAUUCGAGCGUACAAAGUCAACGCUUGAGGCAGAGUUAAGAGACAUUCAGGAGCGCUACUUGAACAUGAGCCUUAAAUAUGCUGAGGUAGAAGCUCAGCGUGAGGAACUUGUGAUGAAGCUGAGGGUGGUCAAGAAUAAAAAAGGAUCCUUGUCAUAAAAUUAUCUCAUGACUGGUCCGAUGUCCGAAUUACCAUGUUCUUGUUGACGCUACCGGUCUCGGGCAACUUGCCUUCACGGAUUUGAAGUAUCAUAUUUUUCAAUAUGCAAAUUGCAAUAGGAUUUAUCUUUUGGGAAUGUCAUUGAUUGAUUGAUAACAGUAGAACUAUAAUUAGUUUUGUAAAUAUCGGGAAUUUUGAAGGGAGAAUAACACCUAGCGAGUGACAUCUUGAUUGUCUUGGAUUCUUGGGCUGUCUGUCAAUAAGAUAUACCCUUUUAUAAACCUAUGCUCCUCUUGUCGUUGCAGCCUACGGCUGGUCCGUCCCCCCAAUCCCCAAGGCUGGUCCCUCUUCUUGCUUUGAAAUUGCAUUAUCAUUUUUUGGGCACGACAAAA